GCGACUGUGGAGCGAUUAAACCGCGAGCUGGUGCUGGGCGCUGGCGGUGGCCGCUAGCGGCGGGGCAGCGGCAGCGGGCGCUUUGCGGAGCCCAACGGGGCGGGGCCCGGGGCAGCAGGGGCGGCCCGGAGGCUCCUCCGGGGCAGGUUUCAGCUGAAAACAAAAUCUGCAGGAAUCGUGGGCUGAUUUUAUGGGAUAACCAGACCAGGGUACAAUGCCUGUGGCCAAACAAGUCAUACCAGAAUAAGAAAAGAAAUUAUCUUGGGAGAAAAAGAAAACAAAGAAGAUAGUUUUAUGUGACUGAUGUGCCACAAUGGAAGGUGACAUGGAAGCAGAAGCAAUUGAAACUAUUGGGGAAGAAUCUGAAACUUUCAUCAAGGGCAAAGAACGGAAGACCUAUCAGAGACGCCGGGAAGGCGGGCAGGAAGAGGAUGCUUGCCCGAUGCCGCCCAACCAAGCAGAUGGGACUGAGGUAGUACAGGAGGUUAACGCUGGUGUGCAGAUGGUCAUGAUGGAACAGCUUGAUCCAACGCUGCUUCAGAUGAAGACAGAAGUCAUAGAAGGUGCCGUGUCACAAGACCCUGAAGCCACUGUGGAUGACACCCAAAUAAUCACCCUGCAGGUUGUGAACAUGGAAGAGCAGCCCAUCAACCUGGGCGAACUCCAGCUUGUCCAAGUGCCCGUCCCAGUGUCCGUCCCUGUCGCUACCACGUCCGUAGAACUUCAGGGGGCCUAUGAAAACGAGGUCUCCAAGGGUGGCCUCCAGGAGGGGGAGCCCAUGAUCUGCCACACGCUCCCUUUGCCAGAAGGCUUCCAGGUAGUAAAGGUUGGGGCCAAUGGCGAGGUGGAGACCCUGGAGCAGGGGGAACUUCAGCCUCAGGAGGAUCCCAACUGGCAGAAAGACCCAGACUAUCAGCCCCCCACCAAAAAGACAAAGAAAACCAAAAAAAGCAAACUCCGUUACACUGAGGAGGGAAAAGAUGUGGACGUGUCUGUGUAUGAUUUUGAAGAGGAGCAGCAGGAGGGCUUGCUUUCAGACGUCAACGCCGAGAAAGUGGUGGGCAACAUGAAGCCCCCCAAACCGACAAAAAUUAAAAAGAAAGGGGUGAAGAAGACAUUCCAAUGUGAAUUGUGCAGCUACACCUGCCCUCGGCGUUCGAACCUGGACCGUCACAUGAAAAGCCACACGGACGAGAGGCCACACAAGUGCCACCUUUGUGGCAGAGCUUUCCGGACAGUCACACUGCUGAGAAAUCACCUCAAUACUCACACAGGUACUCGUCCUCACAAGUGCCCUGACUGCGACAUGGCCUUUGUGACAAGCGGAGAGUUGGUUCGACAUCGCCGCUAUAAACAUACCCAUGAGAAGCCAUUCAAGUGUUCCAUGUGUGACUACGCCAGUGUGGAGGUUAGCAAAUUGAAACGCCACAUUCGUUCUCACACCGGGGAACGUCCAUUCCAAUGCAGCUUGUGCAGCUACGCCAGCAGAGACACUUACAAGCUGAAGAGGCACAUGAGGACCCAUUCUGGUGAGAAGCCCUACGAGUGUUACAUUUGCCACGCUCGCUUCACCCAGAGUGGGACCAUGAAGAUGCACAUCCUGCAGAAGCACACGGAAAACGUGGCCAAGUUCCACUGUCCCCACUGUGACACAGUGAUUGCACGGAAGAGCGACUUAGGUGUCCAUUUGCGGAAGCAGCAUUCCUACAUUGAGCAGGGCAAGAAGUGUCGUUACUGUGACGCCGUGUUCCACGAGCGAUACGCACUCAUCCAGCACCAGAAGUCUCACAAAAAUGAGAAGCGCUUCAAAUGUGACCAGUGCGACUAUGCAUGCCGACAGGAACGGCACAUGAUCAUGCACAAGCGAACCCACACUGGAGAAAAGCCUUACGCCUGCAGCCAUUGCGACAAAACCUUCCGCCAGAAGCAGCUGCUUGACAUGCACUUCAAGCGCUACCACGAUCCCAACUUCGUCCCAGCUGCCUUCGUCUGCUCUAAGUGUGGCAAAACGUUCACACGCCGUAACACAAUGGCCAGACAUGCAGAUAAUUGUUUAGGCCCCGAUGGGGUUGAAGGAGAGAACGGAGGGGAGCCCAAGAAGGGAAAACGUGGGCGGAAGAGAAAAAUGCGCUCCAAGAAAGAGGAUUCUUCUGACAGCGAGGAAAAUGCUGAACCAGAAUUGGAUGAGAAUGAGGAGGAAGAAGAAACAGCGGUUGAAGUCGAGGCUGAACCAGAAGUGGAAGUGGAACCUGUGGCCCCAACUCCUCCACCAGCCAAGAAGAGGAGAGGACGUCCACCAGGCAAAGCCAAUCAACCCAAACAGCCCCAGCCUACAGCAAUCAUUCAGGUGAAAGACCAGAGCACUGGUGCAAUUGAAAACAUUAUUGUGGAAGUGAAGAAGAAGCCCGAAGCAGAGACUGUCGGGGCUACUCCAGGAACUCAGCCAGCAGUAGUGGAAGCGCCCAAUGGAGACCUCACCCCAGAGAUGAUCCUUAGCAUGAUGGACCGGUGAUGGAGGAAGGGUUAACGCUCUUCACUGAACUGGCCUGGGCUCUUUUUGAACUGGCUCAAUCCGUUUUAUUUUAUUAUUUUAUUUUCCUUCUUACCUUAUUUUCGGCUUUGGGAAAUGCACCAUUUUUUUUUAAAAGACCGUUUUACCAAACAACCUGGGCAAGAACACUUCAAAUGAUGAUAAGAUGUGAUUUGCCUAGAACAUUCUCCCCCCUUCCCCUCCUCCCUUUCCCUCUCUCUCUCUUUCUCUCUCUCUAUGUUUAAUGUUAACCUAACCGGAUCAUGGAACAUGGGGUGAUUUUUAUUUUUAAUUUGCUGGUUGAUUUUCUCAGUUCCCUAAAGGCGUUUUUGCAAAUCACUCAAUCCAGUUAACUGUUAGUGCCAGGCCGUGGUUGGCCUUCUCCGUCUGGACCUUGUCCAGACUGUUCUGGAGCUGUUUUAUGCAUUUCUAGAAGCCCUCGGCUUCAUUUUUUUUUCUUUCCUCUGUCUAGAGAUUUUUUUAAUUGUAAAUUCAGACUCAGGAGGGUUGUAAAACUGAUAUUGCAUUUUAGUUUUUGCUUUUUCUUACCCGACCCCACUCCUCCCCGGCGCCACAUCAGCACUGUAGGUUCAGCAUGCUUCACCAUCACCCCGUCUCUCCCAGAUGCUUUGCUGUCUGCAGGGCAUCUUUGUAAUGAUCGAGCUUGUAAAUAACUUUUUUUUUUUUUUACAUUUUAAUCUUUUUUUUUCCCCCCAUUUAAGAGGUUUUUUUGGGGCGGGGCGGGGCUUAUAGUUUAAAAGGAAAAAAAAAAAACCCUGUCAUUUUUAACUAUUGCAACUAGGAAUUAUGCAGGAAUUGGUACCGAAUAAAAUACUGGAACCUAUCAAGUCAGUGGGAGAGCGCUACCUGGGUUAAAAGUGGUAGACAUCCACACCCCAGCUCACUUUCUUAGUACAUGAACUUGGUCUCAAAGCGUGUGUCCCUUAAAAAGCGCCCUUUUGAGUUUCAAGUUGUCAUAACUCUUUUCUUUGCUCUCUUUUUCUCUCUCUCUUUUUUUCAGGUGUGUGUGUGUUUAUGAAUUCUGUGUUUAAAAGCCAAGGUGUUAAUUUGUAAUAGGGCUUCCCAGCCCUUCAAAACCCAGGGCAGGAAAUUUUACUAGGUCAGUGAUCAUAAAAUUUGGGGGUUUAAUUACAAUUUAAAAAAAAAAUGAAAUGAAAUAAAGAAUAAUGUGAAAUUUAAAAAAAAUAAAUAAAAAGGAUGCCUGUAUAUCAGACCAUCACAUGUUAAAAACGCGUAAGCUUUUUAUAGAGCCUCAAGUCUUGCUGAUUUCAGAACCAAGAACUUUUGUUCUAUGUAUCGCUUUUAAGAGAGCUAUCAGGUUAGCUAUCCAAUUCUAGGUUGAUGCAUUUUUGUACUUAGCUGUACUGUGUGAUAUUUUUCAUUAUUUUAGGAAACCAACAUGAAAUAAAACAUCAUAAAACGUAUAAUGGGGUUUGGACUAUGGGAAGGAGAAUAUACUGCUGUACAGCUAAUAAAUAAUAAUGAUUAUCCUCUG